UAUAAGCUCCUUUCUCUCUUUUUCUAUUUUUCCCCCCACUGAUUCAAAGCUCUCUCCUUUUCUCUUAUUCCAUUUCCUCUGUUUUUGAUCAAAAACUCAUAUUUUUUCUUGUUGAUUUUAGCCCAAGUUUUAAAAAACCCCAUUAGCUUUUCCCCUGUUUUCCCUCUAUUUUCUUCCAUUUUCUCACCUUGGGUGUCUUUUUAUUGUUUGUUUUUUGCUUCAAAAUCCCCUUUUUCGUGAUAAAAAAUGGGGUUUUCGAAAAAAUCACAAGUGGAUGGAGUACUAGAUUCGGAAGGGAAAAAAUGGGUAAUAGCGGGUAUUGCUAUACGGACAUCAUUGAAGCUAAUAAACACAAAGCCAAGAGGAAAACAAAGUGGAGAAGAUGACGGUGAAGAAGAAGAAGAAGAAGCUUGUUCAACGACUCCAACUUCAAAAGAAGCAAGAAUACCAGAGAAAUUACCUUGCCCUCCACCGCCAAGAAAACGCAGGCCUCCUUUAAGACGCCAUUAUAAUGGAGUUAGAGACUUCUUUACACCUCCUGAUUUGGAAUCAGUUUUCAAGCUCCGCCAUGUCGAGAAACCUAUUUGAGUUUGACAUUUUAGAGUAAAGUUCGUGUGUUUUUAGCAUUCUAGGGUUUAUGUUAUCUUUUUUUUGGGGGGGGGUCUUUUUUUGCAUUAGUAACUCCUUCUCUAAGCAAUAUAGUGGAGAGGGUUUAAAAGGUGUACAAAGAUAUCAUAUAUUUAUGAAAUAACUAGUGUAGUUUAAGUUCAUACUUUA